ACAUACAGUACAGACACAGCCAAGACGUGUAUAUUGAAAGAUUAAACAGUUUAGUCCUUAAGAGAGAAAAGAGAGAGAGAGAGAGGGAGAGAGAGCGAUGGAGAUAUCGACGCAAUACAAGGCCGUGCUGGCGUUAGUGUUUUUGCAGUUUGCGUCGGCGGGAGUUGCACUCUUGACGAAAGCUGCUUUCAGGGAAGGACUCAGUCCCACCGUCUUCGUUGUAUACCGUCAAGCCAUCGCCACUCUCUUCAUCUGCCCCAUCUCUUUCUUCUCCGCUUGGAGGAAACAAGACAAACCUUCUCUGGGAGUAAGAGGCUUUUGGUGGGUCGCUCUCACGGCUGUUAUUGGUGUGACUGUGAACCAGAACGCUUAUUUUAAAGGGAUUGAUUUGUCUUCUUCAGCCAUGGCCUGUGCCAUGACCAAUCUUAUUCCUGCCGUCACCUUCAUUAUCUCCAUCAUCGUUGGAUUCGAGAUUAUAAAUUGGAAAAGUAUCAAAAGUGUUGCAAAAGUAAUAGGAACAUGUGUGUGCGUGGGAGGAGCCAUGGCAAUGACUUUUCUCAGAGGUCCCAAAUUGCUCAACGCCCUGCUCAACCAAGACAACACCACUUGGUUACUCGGCUGCUCCUUUCUUCUCAUUAGUACAUUCGCUUGGUCCCUUUGGUUGAUCCUUCAGGUUCCCAUUGCCUCUCACUGUUCUGAUCACUUGUACACUUCCUCCUGCACAUGUUUCGUGGCUACCAUAGCCUCUUUCCUCGUGGCUCUCGCCUUAGGCAACAUUCAUUUAGCACCAUGGAAGCUUGAUUCCUCUUUGAAGCUCUUCUGUUGCAUAUACUCUGGCAUCGUAUUGGCUGUAUCUUUCUUUCUACAAGCUUGGGUCGUGUCACAGAAAGGACCUCUUUUCUCUGCCCUCUUCAACCCUCUUUCAGCAGUCAUUGUCACUUUCUUGGACGCUUUGUAUCUAAAAGAAGAAACUUACCUUGGGAGCUUGCUAGGUGCUUUGGCUAUCAUCCUUGGUCUCUACGUUGUUCUCUGGGGCAAAUCGGAAGAGUAUCAAGAAGAAUCCGAAGACCUAAAAUUGGGAAAUGAAUACAUCACUUCCUCCCAACAUGACAUUUCCAUUAUGAUUGGUGAUAAGGCCUUUCGUAGUUCGGAGCUGUUAGAUUCUCUUCUCAUGUGAGUUCUAUUGAAGUUGGUGUAAGGAGUUUUUUUGUACAAUGGACAGUUUUAGAAUAUGGCAGUGAUAAAAAAAUGAAACGGAACUUCGUUUACAAAGCUCACUCGUCCCAACAGAUGGAGAAGCUACUCCAUUCACAAAACACUAGAAAAGUAGAAGCACAAGCAAAUGCUUUUGUAAUUCAUUUAUUCAUAUAUUGCAAAUUUAAGAGAGAAGAUACAUUGAAA